CAUAGGACCCACUCACAUCUCACGUGUGUCUGUCCGGAUUGUACUUGAUUUGCCUCCUGAACUCCAAAUCUCCCAGCUCCGUGAUGAGCUCUCAAAUCACCUGUGUCGCCUGGGUGCGACGUGGCGUCGCGAAGGAAACUCCGGACAAAGUGGAAUUGACUCAGGAGGAGCUGCAACGGAUCAUCUCUGAUGCAAAAGAAGAACUCGGGGAACGAGCGGCUGAUGAAGAGGAGGAUGAAGAUGAUGAGGGGAUUGUGGAUGGAGGUUCUGGCAACGCCAUAGUGGAGACAGAGAAAGAGGCGGGCGGGGAGGAGGACGACGACGAGCUGGCCGAGUAUGGACUUGAUCAGUAUGACGACGAAGACGAUGCUACUGCCAAUCUCGGUGACAGUCUGGCUGGACUGACCGUGUAUGGGUCCAACCAGGACGAUCCCUACGUUACACUGAAGGACACAGACCAGUAUGAACGAGAAGACUUCCAGAUCAAACAGUCUGAUAACCUGAUUCUGGCUGGCCGGACAGAAAAGGACUGUUGUAACCUGGAGGUCUACGUUUACAACAAUCAGGAGGACUCGCUGUAUGUGCACCAUGACAUCCUCCUGCCAGCAUACCCGCUCAGUCUGGAGUGGCUGGACUUUGACCCCAGUCCUGCAGAGGGCCAUGGGAACCUGGUUGCCGUGGGCAGCAUGAUGCCGCAGAUCGACGUAUGGGACCUGGAUGUGGUGGACUGUCUGGAACCGGUGUUUUCUCUGGGCAGCAAGAAGGCUGGCAGGAAGAAGAAGCAGCAGCAAAAGAAGAAGAAAAAGGGUGCAGCUGCUGCGGAGCCUGUGGAUGGUCACACAGAUGCCGUUCUGGACCUGUCCUGGAACAGGCUAGCCCGGAACGUGCUGGCCAGCGGCUCUGCAGAUGAGUCGGUGAUCCUGUGGGACUUGUCCCGCGGCACGCCAGCGUCAAUCCUGAACAGACACUCGGACAAGGUCCAGACGUUGACCUUCCACCCGUUCGAGGCUCAAACCCUGAUCUCAGGAUCCUAUGAUAAGACGGCGGUUCUGUUUGACUGUCGGAGUCCAGAGGACAGCUUCAGGACCUGGAGGUUCAGCGGACAAGUGGAGCGACUUGCCUGGAAUCACUUCUCUCCUUUCAACUUUCUGGCCAGCACUGAUGACGGCUUCGUCUAUUGUCUGGAUGCUCGCUCAGACAAACCCGUGUUUUCACUGCGAGCUCAUGAUGAGGAAGUGUCAGGUCUGGACCUGAGUAGUCAGAUAAAAGGUUGUCUGGUGACGUCAUCAGCUGACAAGCACGUGAAGAUCUGGGACAUUCUGGGCGACAAACCCAAGCUGGUGCAUUCACGGGACAUGAAGAUGGGUGUGCUGUUCUGCGCCUCUUGCUGCCCAGACCUGCCCUUCGUCUAUGCUUUCGGAGGACAGCGAGAUGGACUGAGAGUGUGGGACAUCAGCGACGUGGCUGCAGUGAACGAAGCAUUUGGAGGCCGGGAGCGCCUGGUGGUGAACACAGGAUCCCAGGGACCCAGCGGUGCAGCAGAGAUGGACACAUCGUCAUAGUGGCCCUCCCUACUGUUGCAGGAAACUUGCCAACUUGCACAGACGGGACUGUGAGAAACAAGUGCUGCUGUACCGUGUGUGAUUCUGAUCACAGCAGAGGACUAUGGCCUCAUCAUCAGAGGGAAGUUGCGUACGUGUGCGGACCAGCAGUGACUCAAUAACAGUGGUGCACAAGUUGUUCACCGAUCACAGACCAAUAAAUACUUUAUUAAUCCCACACUGGGAGAUAUAUGCAACUGACUCUUGAUAUUUUAAAUCAAUAAAACCUCCUCCUA